AUGACUGACGGCCAGGGUAUCAGCGGCAUACACACAUUCGACUUGCCUACUUGCUGGGUUAGUGACAUAGCCCUUUGGCUGCGAAAAGUCGAAUCCAGUUUUGCUCUGCGGCAAAUCACGAAGGAAGAAACCAAAUUUCAUUAUUUCGUGGCCGUAUUGCCACUGGAGAUUGCAACAGAUUACCGUAAUAUUAUAGACAGUCCGCUCGCAGAGACUCCCUAUACUAUUCUAAAGGAGGCUGAGGGACAACAGCUGGACGGCACCAUGUUCAAACAGCUUUUCCUCCAGAGGCUGCCCUCAUCCGUGCAAGCUAUCCUUGCACCCAACAUUCCUUCUUCGUCAGUUCAAACGCUGGCAGAGACAGCCGACCGGAUACUCGAGUACUAUCAACCAGCCGUCUCGGUGAAUGUUUCUACCCGGGCCGUAACGACACCUUCUAUCGCAGAUGUCGUCCGACGCCUGGAUGCCCUCACCCUCGAAGUUUCCCAGCUCCAGGCCACUCGUGUCUACAACCCUCGUAGUCCUUCGACUAUUCGUCGGCAAAGAUCUCCCACUCCCAACCAAACAUCAAAUGAUGGUCCCUAUUGGUAUCACCAUAAUUAUGGUCCAAAUGCCCGUCAUUGUCAAUCUCCGUGCAGACACAAGAAGUCGGCAUCGGAAAACUUCGCCGCCGGCCAGUAA